AUGUCUCUUUGGGUUGAUAAGCACAGGCCUAAAACGUUGAAGACUCUGUCUUACAACGAUGAUCUAACGCGGUUUCUCUCUUCCUUGGCUAUGAAUCCGAGGGAUCUUCCACAUCUGCUGAUAUAUGGCCCCAAUGGAUCUGGUAAGAAGACAAGGUGUAUGGCUCUGUUGGAGUCUAUCUUUGGUAGCCAGGUGUAUAGGCUAAAGAUAGAUGUCAGGCGGUUCGUGACGCCUUCGAACAGGAAGCUGGAGCUAAAUGUGGUUAGUUCUCCGUACCAUUUGGAGAUCACUCCCAGUGACAUGGGUAAUAACGAUCGUGUUGUGAUCCAGGAGCUUCUGAAGGAAGUUGCACAGAUGGAACAGGUCGAUUUCCAGGACGGGAGCUCUGGUAUUGCCAAUAGGUUUAAGUGUGUGAUAAUCAAUGAGGCCAAUUCAUUGACUAGGGAUGCACAGGCUGCGCUAAGACGUACCAUGGAGAAGUACUCAAAAAACAUACGUUUGAUCAUGCUGUGUGACUCUAUGUCAUCUAUCAUCUCCCCAAUAAGGUCGCGUUGUUUGAUGAUCAGGUCACCAGCACCACAAAUGAAAGAUAUAACGAAAACAUUGAAAGAUGUUGCAAGUGAAGAGAACGUCAAUAUCGUAGACCAGGUAAUUCUAGAUAAGGUAGCCAAUGAGUCAAAUGGUAAUAUGAGACUUGCUCUUUUAAUGUUGGAGUCAAUGAGUCUCAGCAACGAAAUGCAAUUAAAGGAAAACACUCCCGUAAUCAAACCGGACUGGAUGGUAGUAAUAUUGAAACUGGCCAACAAGAUAAAGAAAGAGAGAUCGGUAAGUUCAUUAGUGGAGUGUCGUGCUGUCCUAUAUGACUUGCUCGCUCACUGUAUACCGGCUAAAGUGAUACUACAGGAAUUAGCAUUUGCAUUGAUCUCUGAUAAAACAACUCCAGAUUCCUCCCGUGUAGAGAUUAUUGACCAUGCUAGUGUUUUUGAUGAGCGUCUAUGCUUGGGUAACAAAGCUAUCUUCCAUCUUGAAGGUUUUAUAGCAAAGGUUAUGUGUACUUUAGAUAAGUAG